CUGAACCACCGUUGAGCUUCCACGCUUUUCUUUCUAUAUAACGGUCGCCACGCCGCUACACUACUCCACCACAAUCAAGCCUCAUCAGCAUCUGCGCUACCAGUCUCAUCUUCAUUCGCUCUCUUUCAAGUCUCGCUAUCAGUCGUUCACUCACCAUCAUGUCCGACGGUCUGAACGACGCCCGCGCCAUGCGCAUUGCGGAGAUCAUGAACGACUUCCGCAACUUGCAACACUACCUCAGCCAACUCCGCGCCUCUCCUACCGCAGAAGAAUACUAUCUCGAGGGUUAUUCACUGCUCCGCCAAUGCAGCAGCGAAGCUCAGAGCAUCCUCACGACUCCUUUUGCGGCCACCAGCGGGGCGACUGGCGGUGACCCUGAGCGCGAGAAGCAGCAAUUGAGGGCAAUCAUUGUCGAUGCUGCGGUACGGCGUUUCCAGUGCCAAAGGGCAUACCUGAGAGCACAUGCAGGACUGAGGUGGAUGAACUCGCGGAACAGCAUUUUGCGGGGACAGAAGCCCAAUGCAAGUCACUUUGCAUCUCUCCAGGCCGCUGACAGUACUCUGCGGAUGGAACUCCUCGCCAUUACCGACUCGCACGUCGACAACACACUGCGCGCCCAGGACGCAUCGCAGGGCAAAUGGCUCGCCGAAGACCCUUCCCUGACUCAAAUCCAGCAGGUGCUCAUGAGUCGAUAAAUCUCACCGCCGAUACCGCGCAGCCCUUCAAAACUUCGUCGGGCUGGCUCAACGGUCUGGGCGCGGCCCUUCUGCGACACUACGACUCGACUCGACUCGACAUCUCCACCACCAAACCAAAAGCCUUUCCUAAACGAUACCCCCUCCGUCACAACGCCUUGUAGCGUCAUAGCGCUUUUGCUUUCUUUGGACUCUUCGCAGCGAUCUCUACACUUGCGCUGCGCGAAUGCAUCUCAUCUUGUUUACGUCACUAUCCGCAUCGAGCUGCCCUUCCAACUCUGUCCUGUCUGGUUGUUCUU